GACUGGCAUGGAUUACGUCUGCUGUCAUUAGAAUUGACAUAAUUGCAGUGAGUUUGUGUCUCAAAUAAGCUCGAGACUUAAGGGGAGGUUUUGAAACUGCUCCUUAAACUAAAGGACUUCGUACAGCUGUAACGACUUGCUAAAAGCUACAUUUUUAAAAAUCGAUGUGUCGUUAGCGGGAGGAGUCCCGACAGUGGACCCGAGGGACGGACAGCAGUCUUUGCGAGUUCGGCGGAGGAGCCCGAAGGUCUAAGGUCCGUUGGGUGGAUAUCGGGGGUGUCGUCCCCGAUUAAGAGAGCGACAUGCUCCCAUCUCAUAGGACAGCUGGCCGCGAGAGGAGAGCAUUUCAGUGGCGGACCGCGUCACCGUGGACCACGUGCGUGAGGGUCGCAUGUUUCAGUCGCCUGCGCUUUAUGUGGUUCACUCUUAUGGUCCUGACACUCGUCUGUGUAGCGCUGCAGAUGUUGGGUGUGGUCCGACAGGCCAGGACCUCUAAGGUCUUGAAUUUUGUGAGUGAGCAGUUGGUCCGAAUGCCCGCAGAGAUCCAGGGGCCCAUGAAGCGCAAAGGCUGGGAAGACCUUUGGUCUGUCUCAGCAACUGUUGUUGAAGACCCAACAGACCAGCAUGCUUUAAACGAGGAUCUCACCUCUUUUCAUAUCCCUGUAUCAGAGGACGAAAGGGGACAAGCAAGCAAAAAGCAGGACACAUCUUCUCCCGAGCGCCUCGAAGACACUACCAAUAAUAUAGCAGAAGCAAACAAAUAUCCCCAAACCACCAAAGCAUCAGUACAGAAUCAACUCUGGCUUCACCAAGAAGUACCUAAACAAAUUUCAAACCUCAAGCAGCUGAAACGACCAGCUAACCUCAACGGUACAGCUAAAAGACCUGGACCAACAGGAGCCGAGUGUCAACCCAAAAAACACAUCGUCUUUCUCAAGACGCACAAGACUGCCAGCAGCACCAUACUGAACAUUCUCUAUCGAUAUGGGGACAGUCACAAUUUGACAUUUGCUUUACCACUGAACAUGCAGAGUCAGUUAUUCUACCCAGCAUUCUUUGCAACACACUUUGUGGAGGGCGUUAGGACACGCGGCGUGAAAGAAUUCCACAUCCUCUGCAAUCAUAUGAGGUUCAAUUCACAAGAGGUGAGAAAGUUGAUGCCUGAGGACACUUUCUACUUCUCCAUUCUCCGGGAUCCUACGGCAAUGAUGGAAUCUCUCUUUGUUUAUUACAAAGCAAUCCCAGCAUUCCGUUUGGUCAAAAGUUUAGAGGAGUUUCUGAACCAGGGUGUGCGGUACUUCAACGCUUCUGUGCCUAACAACCACUACGCACGUAACAUUCUCACCUUUGAUUUUGGUCUGAACAACACGGCACCUGAAAAAGAAACGGAGCUGGACCGACGUAGCGCCGAGGUCAUUGCUGCCGUGGAACGAGACUUUUCGCUCAUCCUCAUUUCGGAAUACUUCGAUGAAUCGAUGGUACUUCUACAACAUGCCCUCUGCUGGACGCUGGACGACGUUUUGUCUUUCCGCCUGAAUAGUCGCAGCGAACGCUCCCGACGCCCUUUGAACCCAGAAACCCCAGAGCGUGUAAAACGGUGGAAUUCGUUAGACUGGAGAUUGUACCAGCACUUUAAUGCCACUUUUUGGAAACACAUAGACUCUAAACUUGGGAGGACGAAGUUACAACAGGAGGUGGAACUUUUGAGAGAAAGGAGAAGGAAGCUCGAGGAAACGUGUCUCAGAGAUGGAGGGGCGGUAGAUCCUGCGCAGGUCCAGGAUUCGUCUCUGAAGCCAUUUCAGUACGGCGCAGCGGUUAUUCAAGGAUAUAACCUUCGUCUGGGGCUGAGUAACGAAACCAGUCAGCUUUGUCAGAAGCUGAUCACUCCUGAACUACAAUACACAUCAGUGCUGUACACAAAACAGUUCCCUCAGCUAGCAGCUGCACGUGCCGCCUUAGCAAAAAAGAUCGCAGGCCUUAGAAACGCCGCUAGCACGCGCAGAGCUGUUAAACGCAAUGUCGAUAAAUUAACCGAGAUGAAUGUGCACGCUGUGUUUACAAACAAUACCUCACGUGUGAACACACAUAUAGACGUAGGAGAUAAACACAGCUUUCACUUAAUACCACAGAACUCUAAUGUACACAGUGUUGCAAAACAGAAAAUAAGUAAAGACAUUUUAGGAAAGUCGCAUAAACAAAUCACAGAAAAACCUUCAGACACAAGCGUACGUAAGGAAGCGAAAGAUCAAGCUUUAUUAAGACCUUUAAUAAAACAGAACUCAGAACAGUCACAGCUGUGACUCCAAACUGUAGUGCUAUGAAGAACGCAUUAACAAUAUUAAGAUUAAGUUACAAUGCCUUAGGUCAAAAAUAAUAAUUGUCACAAAGCAACUUUACUAUUUUGUUUUUUAAAAGACAUUCAUUUACGUUUUUAUCCUUGAAAACCAAUGAUACCUGAUAUUUGGGUAAUUCAAAGAGUCGUAUAAAUAUAUUUCUAUUUCGUCUCUUAAAACAAAAGAGUGUGAUUAUAUUGUGUUGACAUGGUGUGAGACAAAAAUAAUCAGGUGUGAAUGUGUCAUAGAAUACAAAUAACUCGUCUUGUCUGUUUGGUUUACUUUCCAGAAAACACACUGUACUGUGCCUGAUUUUUAUGUUUUGAAAGAUGAAAAUGUUUAUGUUAAUGUUUUACACGAUUUAAUGUUAAACUUGUAUCUCCUCUUUGCCCCGCCUCUCUGAAAUGCACAGAUUUUUUACAAAGCUCAUGGCUCUGAAAAGCGAGGUGUCCUAUGAUUGGCCAGUUAACCAGUGCGUAGUGAUUGGUCGAAUACUGCAAGCGUGUGACGGAAAUGUAACGUCUCUUACCAUAUUUGGAACAUCAGGUUCCUCUUCAAUUGUACUGACAGGUACGCCCACCUUUCUUGCGUAUACAUUUGGGCGUUCUUAGUCAAAACAUACCACGAACUGACGUAGAUUUGUGGGGGUGUGGUUACACGAGGCGUUUCAGGCAGGUCUGGGUGAGCAUUCGCUUUUAGAUAGAAUGCAUCUUUUGUUCCGACAAUUUAAUUUUUGCAAUUUUACGUGUCUAAUACAUACAUGGGCAACUUAUUACACACCAAAGGCACAGAAAAACAUGUAUUUGCGCCAUAUGACCCCUUUAAGUUAUUGAUAUAGCAAUACGCCCUUUUCACAUGACGUCACGCAUAUUCCGUUCUGCCGCGAAGCAGUGUAUGCUUACUUCCACAUAGGGUGGCGGUAAUGCACCUAUAAGCUGGACUCAAGAAUAAGAAGAAGUUACUUCCGCUAGCGCCUCAGAAAUGGAGUUUACCAAGUCCCUUGCACAUCUGCCACAAACACGGCUAGAUGAUGUACAACGUCUUGCAGACAAAUUUUCGCUAACGACAAGAUCAAAGCUAGAGAAAGGACACUGUUCCUGUACCAGUACCUGUUUGAUUAUGAAGGUAAGUGUUUUGUUUUCUUUUUGUGUUAGUGAAGCUGCUAGGAUAAGUACUUGAAUAUGUGUUCUGUCAGUUUUUUUUCACUGUUGUUAAAUUCCAGCACGACGGCAAAACGGAAGUUCUUGUUCUUCUAGUUUGCUGCAAGACGGAUGUUAUGAUACACUACUUUGCGAAAAGGCAGAAGUUAAGUGACGUCAUUGUGAAAAGGGCCUAUUGGUUACCUGGCAUGUUACUGAAUUUAGGGUUAAACUGUAGUUUAAAAUGUCAAGAUUUCAGAGUGUUGUAUUGGAAUUAUCAAUAACCCAUAACAAAAACCUUCUGCUGUUUUAUUUUUAUAUGGUAAGUCAUAUAAUUAACAACAGUUUUACCUGGUGAAAAACACAUUGGAGGAAGAAUAAAAUGGAUUGCCACCUCAGCAAAUGUAGGCCGAGCUGAACACAUUAAAUACAUCAAUUGAUCUCUCAGUUAAUUUUUAACGUUAACAUUUAUGCAUUCUGCAAACAGUUUUAUUCAAAACAACUCACAAACUGAUAGUAAAAUGUGUAUCUUGAAUGUACUGGGAAUCAAACACCUGAUAUAAGAACAUUUCGUGUCUUUAUGUCUCAGAUAUAUCAUGUUAACUGAAACCUUAAUAAUGUAAAUAUGUUCACAGAAUGUCUUUUACAUUCAUGUAGGUGACAUAAUAUGUUUUUAAAAGAAUCCUGAUGUCUGAGAUCAGUUGACCACACCGUGUCCAGCUCGACAAAGAAAAUAUUAUGGCUACUUUCCAGCUUUCCUGAAGAAUCAUCUGAACCAAAGUCUAAAGCUUUAAUGUUACAUUGAAGUACAAGUGUGUGACAACUGAUUUGAAAUAUUUAAGAAACAUAUUUGCAACUGUUAAGGAUUUAUUAAUAAAGAUGAUUAUAUGUCACUGCAUUACUUGUUUUUCUUUGUAUCAGUCUAGUAUCAUUUAAUUCAAUUGCAUCCCUAAAGUGGUUUGUUAUGGUGAGCAAAGUAUGAAAUCUGUACAGUAACAUUCAAUUUUCUUCUCACCCAAAUGAAACCACUUCGCGCCCCUAAGGUCAUAGACUUUAUCAUUGAAGGAGUUAUACCGUAGACAAACAUUAAACCCACAACAUUGUGUAACAGAUUGUAACGCUUUAUUAGUCACCCAUAAGCACAGAAGGAGAGCAGCUGAGUUUGAAUGGAAACUUCCAAUGUUUUCUGCUUUCUAUCAAUCUUAUCAAAACAAGUGCAUUUGGACAGACAUGAAGGGUAUGUGACCAGUAACUGAACAUAUUUUACUUCCUUUAAAGAGAAGGAUUUGGUCCAGAUGUCAGGUGAAACAUGAAAGGUUUGACACAACACAAACUGUACAUAGCCUACAACGAAAGUCGUAGAUGCUAUAUGAGUCGUGACUAAUAAAUUCACUUAGACAAGCUUAA